AUGGGCAAGGCACCAAAUAAGAAGUUCUCAAGUAAAUCAAACCCUACUGGGGCAACUGUUGCUGCUGAUAAGCAUCUUAAUUCCGUCUUCAAGUUCAACACCAACCUUGGUCAGCAUAUUCUUAAAAACCCAUUAGUGGCACAAGGGAUCGUAGACAAGGCACAAAUAAGACCCAGUGAUGUUGUUCUAGAAGUUGGUCCUGGUACUGGUAACUUGACUGUGCGAAUAUUAGAACAGGCAAGGAAAGUUAUUGCCUCCGAAAUGGAUCCUCGUAUGGCAGCUGAGUUGACGAAAAGAGUUCACGGAACGCCACAAGAAAAGAAAUUGGAGAUUCUUUUAGGUGAUUUUAUGAAGACAGAGUUGCCAUAUUUCGAUAUAUGUAUUUCCAAUACUCCAUAUCAAAUUUCAUCCCCAUUGGUAUUCAAACUAUUGAAUCAGCCCAAUCCACCAAGAGUCUCGAUCUUGAUGUUCCAGCGAGAGUUUGCCAUGAGAUUGGUAUCAAGACCAGGUGACGAAUUAUAUUGUCGUUUAUCUGCCAACGUGCAAAUGUGGGCAAAUGUGACACAUAUUAUGAAGGUUGGUAAGAAUAAUUUUAGGCCCCCACCAAAAGUCGAGUCUAGUGUUGUUAGAAUCGAGAUCAAGAAUCCUCGUCCAAAUAUUGAUUUCAACGAGUGGGAUGGUCUAUUAAGAAUUGUGUUUGUGAGGAAAAACAAAACCAUUGCUGCCGGAUUCAAAAGUCUGAAUGUGAUUGAUAUCUUAGAAAAAAAUUACAAGACAUGGCUUGCCACUCAGGCAGGUAUUGAGGGACUGCAGGAAGACGCAACAAUGAUUGUUGAUGAUAAAGCAGGAUUGAAGGAUGUGGUGAAACAAAAGAUUGAGAAAGUAUUGACCGAAACCGGAUUCUCCGACAAGAGGGCUGGAAAACUAGAUCAAACUGAUUUCUUGAAAUUGCUUUACGCUUUCCACCAGGUUGGAUUGCACUUUGCAUAG